AUAUCGAUAUCGAUAUUACCCAAUGUGUAUGUGGUGCGAGUGUUUUCGUUUUCAUUGCCCGUAUUUGUUAUUAAAUAAAAAAAGCUAGUGUUGAAGUGGGCUUUACACGCACUUUUACAGUGAAGAGCAUACAAUCGCAGAUCAAUAAACUAUAAUCUAUUGUUGCACUAGCCUUGCACAUGGCACCUUGCGUUAAGAAUAUUGAUAUAGCCGCUAUAGAAGUUUGAUGCGUUACCGUUGCCGGCGUCUUCGAUAUGGCAGUCAAGGUGCAGUUCGAAAUUGGUCACACAUCAAAGCUGCGCAGCAAGAAACAUCCGCAGGCCUUCACCCACGAUUGGGAGAUUUAUGUGCAGGGCGUGAAUAAGGCAGACAUAAGCGCAUUCGUUGACAAGGUCGUCUUUAUACUCCAUGAAUCAUUUCCCAAGCCAAAGCGUGUGAUCAAAGAGCCACCUUAUGCCAUACAGGAGUGGGGCUAUGCCGGCUUCAUACUACCCGUUGAGAUACAUUUUCGGAAUAGGGACGAGCCGAAGCGCGUUAUGUAUCAAUAUGAUUUGGAUCUGCAAAAUUCGGGACCGCCUCGACAUCGCGUUGAAGUCAAAACGCAUGUCUUUGAGGCGCCUUCGGAGGAGUUUCGUGCCAAAUUGAUGCGUGGCGGCGGCGUACCCGUUUUUGGUGCCAACAUUGCUGCUGCCGGCAGUCUCAGCCGAACAGUGUCACCCAGCGUUGGAGGUGACUUAUCCGGAUCGGAGUUGAACCUGGUGAAAGCGAAGGGUGGAGGCAGCAGCAUGGUGAUCGAGUCUGGUUCCGGAUCCAGUAAGAAGCACAAAUCGCGCCCUGACGAUGGCAAGGUGAACGCCUUCUCCGCAGUCUUUGGCCCGCCCAUUACCAAAGGCAGUGUGGCCGGGGCUAAUCUGCUGGCUAUAACUGCGCCCAAACAUUCACCAGACGCCAAGCUACAAACCGGCUCCAGUAGCAGUAAGAUCGGGUCACAUGAUACUAAAGAGAAGUCCGGUAAGGAACGCGACAAGUCGACCAGUUCAGACAAGCCGCGCGAAAAGGACAAGAAGGAUUGGCAUGGCCGAGACAAGGAGCGCAAAUCUGGCAAAUCCGGCGAGAGCAGCAGCAGCAAGCAUGACAAAGACAAAGAUAAAUCAAAGAUUAUGAAGAUUGCUGCCGACAGCAUAACUAGAACAUACACGGUUGCGUUUGUUAAGCAGCGCGAGGAGCGCGACAAAGAUAAACGUGCUCUAAAGGAUGAGCGCAGACACGGCGACAGUCCGGCUACUGGUAGCAGCAGCAAUCAAACGCAAGCAUCACAGUCGCAACAAUCUCAAACCAACUACGAUGCCCUAAAGACUACCGGCAAGGCCACGCCCAAUUCACUGGGUAGCAGCGCGAGCGCCAGCAGUCUAGCCUCCAGCAGCGGUAAGCGUGCCCAAGACAAAGAGGAGCUGACUGCAGCAGCAGCAGCUGCACCUUGCAGCUCCUGUGAGCGUGAGCGCAGCGCCCGUGCCUCCUCAUGGUAUGUGCGUAACUGCAGGCGAUUCAUGUGCUGCAUCCGGUUGUUGCUGCUACUGCUAGCCUGCUGUUGGUAA